GGUAUAAUAAAACUUCUGUGAUUUUAUAUAUUUAUUAAUCAUUUAAAUUUUAUUUAUUUUUAAUAUAUUAUUAUAAAUAUAAUAAAAAAUCUUUUUUAAAGACUAAGAAUAUAUUAAUAAUUUUUUUAAAUAAUUGUAAAAUUUCAUUUGAAAUAAAUUAAAAAUUAAUAAAGUAUCUAAUAAUUUCUUUAUAAAUAUAAAAAAAUUGUAUGUAUAACCUAUAAUUAAAUAAUAUAAGGUAAUAAGAUAUUUAUAUGAUAUAUAUAAUGAUAUAUUAAUAUAUAUAAUAAAUAAUAAUUAUGUGAUACAUAACAAAUUUGUAAAAAAAUAUUACAUAAAUUUUUUUUAAAUAGAAAAUUGUUAAUAUUCAUUUAAGCGAAUAUUAACAAAUUAGUUUUUUGAGAUAGUUUUUUUAUCAAUUAAAAUUAUGAAUAUAAAUAAACAUGUAUGUAUAUUUAAUAUAGUGAUAUCCUAAAUUUAUGAAAUUAUUUCUUAAAUUAUAUUUAAUUUAUAUCUAGUUUAAUUUUAUUCAAUUCAUAUAUACGAUAGAUAUUUUAUUUAAAAGAGAAAUAAAUAUGAAUACUUACAUAAAUUCUUAAAUUCAUAUUUAAAAAUAAAAAUAAAAAUAGAAUUAGAAAUGUAUACAUAUAUAUAUAUUUAUGUUAUAGAAAAUGAUAAUUUUAUUCCAAUUAUUUAUAUUCAUAUAUUAAAUUGAACGUAUUUAUUAUAAUUCUUGUAAGUUAUGAGAAAUCAAAAUUUUAUUUAGAUGUAAUUUAUUUUAAAAUAAAAAUAAAUAUUUUGAGAUUAUAUGAUAUUUUAUUUAUAAUAGAGUUAUGAUUUUAUAUUUUUGUAAUUUCUAUAAUAUCUUUUUAUAUUAAUAAAAUGAAAUCAAAUUUUAAAAAUUAAAUAAAAUCAAAAUAAAAAUUUUAAAUAAAAAUUAAUUACAUAUAAAUAUUUAAUAAUAAAAUUCUCAAAAAAACAAGAAUUCAUAAAAAUAUAAAUUUCCGCAUAAUCUUAUAAAGAUUAUAAAUUAUAUUCCAUUUAUAUAGAAUUAAAAAAAUGUGAUUUUAUAAUUUGUAUAUAUAUAUAUACACACACACAAAAAAACAUAAUUAUAGAAAAAAUAGAAUUAUGACAUGUAAAAUAUAUAAUUUUCUAUAAUUAUGUUUUUUUUAUUUUGUAUUUAACUAUCAUGUAGUAAUUUAUUUAUAUUGAAUUUUUAUAUUGAAAUUUUUCUUUCAUAAAAUAUAAAUAUUAACAUAAAUAAGAAUGUCAUUGAUUUGAAUAAAAUAAAGAAUUAUAAUAAGUUAAAAAUUAAAAAUCAUUAAGUUAUAAUAUAAUAUAAAGAAAAUAAUUGUUAAAAGAAAUAAUUCAUUAAGUAUAAUUAUUUUAUAUGAAAUUUUAUAUUGUAUUUAUAUGUUAUGACUUUGAGUUUUUAAAUAUCUACUAAUAAUAUAUAUUUAUAAUUAACAAAAUAUAGCUAUAGACAAAUAAAUUUAUUAAAUUAGAAAAAAUGAUACUAUUUAUUCAAAUAUUAAUAUAUAAAUGAAUAUAAUUUUUCAUACAUUCUGUAUAAGUUUUUGUUUUAAAGUUAUCAAAUUAAAUUUAUUUUAUUAUAUCUUUUUGUCAGUCAAAUAUUACAUUAUAUAUUGCAUAUUUAUAUUAAUAACUGUAAAGAUAAUGAUGAAAAAAAUAAAAUAUUUCUUUUAUCAAAUUUCUAUGAUUAAAUCUUAUUGUUAAUAAUUUGUUGCUUAAAUGAAUAAAUAAUAAAUUACUUUAGAUAAUAUUUGUUAUUAUAUAUCUGAAAAUGAUAUAUAUAUUUUUAUAAUAUUUUAUUAAAAUUAUUAACUUUAAUUCUUUAAUAUAAAUCUUAUAUAACAACAAGUGCAUUCUAAAAUUUUGAUGCAUUUUAAAAAUUUAUAUAAUAUAACCUCUUACUUAAUAAAAAAAGAAUCAUAAUAUUAGUAAUUUAUUUCUUAUUUUAUGAAUUUAUUGAAUUCUUGUAUAUUAUUAAAUCACGUAAUUUAUUGUUUUAAAACUUUCAGCUUAUAAGAAAUAUUAAAUAACAAGUAAAAAUGUUUAUUCGUGAACUGAAGGUGCUGCCUAGUACCAUUUCUUCAAAGCGGUAGAAUCAAGAACCUCUAGGUUUCGGAAAAAUGGAGGUUGUAACUCAGUGGAAAUUGUGAAUCCAUCUCGUUUAAGAAGAUUUAAAUCGCGUGAUUUUUUCAUAGGAUAAGAAAUUCUUAAUACAUUUUCUUGAUUCCUGAUAUUUUAUUUUCUUUAUAAAUCCGAAAUGUAAAAAAUCAAAACCGAUUUUUACGUAGUAAAAUGCAGGAGAGACGUUUUAACAAGAUAAUACAUUGGAUAUAUAAUAUUCAAUAUAAAAUGAAAUCAAUGAAAGCAAAAACAAAAGCUAAGAAACCAAAUGGGAAAUUUGGGAAAGUUAAAUUUCCUUCCAAAGAAAUUACUCAUACAGAUCAAGAUUUAUCACAACUAUAUCCACCAAUAGACACAAGUAUUUCAACUCUAUAUCGUUUGAGCAAAAUUUUAGAAAAUGGCAGUGAUGAAGUUAAAUCCAUUCUAACAUAUGAAUGUGAUUUGUUAUAUGAAUGUCGUGUAUGUCGCAGUCUCUUUAGAAGUUUAAUUAAUUUCAUUUCUCAUAAACGUGUCUAUUGUAAGCAAAAAUUUGAUGUUACAUUUGCCAAGAAAUCUUUCAACGAUUAUGAUAUAACUUCUACAAGUAAAUCAGAUAUACAAAAAUCACAAAAAUUAUUUGAAGAGAGUGGAAAUGAUAGAAUUUUAAGAAGCCAAGUAUGUAAAGAGGUGCAGAAGAAAGAUCUUACUACGGUUGUUAAUAUGUUACAAAAAAAACAAAUAGAAAAUUUGCAAACAAAUACAGAACAGUUAUGUUUAGAAAUUAUACAUUCAAAUUCAUCAGCAGUUUAUCAAACUGUCGAAUCAGUUACUCCAAGUAAAAAUCAUACAGAUUUAAUGAAAGCACAGAUAAUGGAAUUAAAGGAUACAAAUGAACAAACUGCAGUGUUAGGUGUGAAUGGACGAGUUUUACAAUCUAAUAAAAAAUUGAAUAAUAAUAAUACAACUCAAAAUCAUAAUAAUACAGAAAUUGGUAGUAUUCGUGAAAAUGAACUUAUUUGUCGUAUAUGUUAUGCGAAAUUUUCAACAAAAAAAACAUUAACAGUUCAUACAAGGACAUUACACACAUCUCAUAGAUUAUGUUAUCCUUGUCCUUGUUGUUCUAGUACAUUUGCAAAUACUUGGAGUGUUUAUAGACAUCUUUUUAAAGUUCAUAGAAAAUCUAAUGAACAAGUACGGAAGCUUAGACCACAAAUACAAGAGAAAGCAUUUAUUAAGGAUACUACAGCUGCUGAAGAUUUACAAAAAGAAGAUGCUAGUAAAACUUUAAUGAAUAAUGCAGUAAGAGUUAAUGAAACACAGGAAUGGAUAGAUCAUUUAGAAUCUGACACAGAAUUACAAAGAUGUGGAGGUUGUGGAAAAAGAUUUGAUAGAAAAGCAGCUUUAUCUGCUCACUUGACAUAUUGUCAUAGACGUGUUGCAGCAUAUGAAAAUAUAACCAAAAUUAAAAAGAUAAAUAAAGUUUCAUCAGAUUGUACUUCAAAUGAAAAUAUAAUUAAUUCAGAAACUCAAGAAAAUAAAGCAGAAGUUUCUACACAAAUUAAUAAUACUAAUGAAACAUCUAUUCGUGUGGAAGCAAUUGCUAGUUUAAGUAAAGCAGAUUGGGAUAUGUUGGGAAAUGAAGAAUUGGUUUCACAUAAUAAAUCUAAUGAAAAUGUUCUCACAAAUGGCAUUCAAAGAAAUGUAGAGGACAAUCAUUCUUCUGCAAGUGAUGUUUCUGAUCCUUUAGAAAUUCUAUAUACAAAUAUAAAUAAACAUAAUGAAAUAAAAAAAGGAAGUAAAAAACGAAAGAAUAAGGAUAGUAUAAAGAGAGUGAAUAAUGCUGCAGAAAAUAUAAAAGACAUAUCUGUAGAAAAUAUGGAGCACAAUGUAGAAGAAAAAUUAGAUCAUAUAUUAUCUAUGGAGAAAAAAGUAACUUCGAUAGUAGAUUUUCAAAAGCUUCAGUGCCUUCCAUGUAAACGAAAAUUUCCUUCAGUAAAUAAUCUAAGAAGACAUGCUGCCAUUCAUAUUGGUUGGAAUCGCUAUCAAUGUAAACUUUGUGAUUACAAAUGUUUUGAUAAAUGUGAUUGCAUAGCACAUUGCAAUAAAAUACAUAAUGCUCAAAACAAUCGUGCUCUUAUAGAAGAAAUGAUAAUUCAGAUUCUAGAUGAUCAAUAUACAUAUGAUCAAAAUAUUACAUUAGAUGUAACAAAUUUAGAAGAAAAAAUUGAUAUUCCAAAAGUUGUAGAAGUUAAUAUUUGUGUUGAACAUGUGGAACCAGAAAUUCAAGUUGAAGAAAAAAAUAUAAAUGUAACAGAAAUAGAAAUAAUUGAUAAAAAUAAUAUGGAACCAGAAAUUCAAGUGGAAGAGAAAAAUAUAAAUUUAAUAAAAACAGAAGUGAUUGAUAAAAGUUCACUAACUUGUUGUGAAAAUGUAGAAACUCAAGAAACUUCGAAUAACGAUAUUAAAGGACAAAAUACAUUAAAUCUAGAUCCUGAUCUUCGAAGAAUGGUAAUGGAAGUUAUUUUUGGAUCUUCCGAGAUUCAUUCUACAAAAACAGAUAUAAAAGAAACUAUAUCUUCAGAAAAUUCUAAUUCAAAAGCAUUGAAUACAGAGGAUAUUGAAGUACAAGGUCAAAGUUCUAUAAAGGAAAACGACAUUAAAUGUAUACAAGAUUCAAAACCUCAACGCCCAAUUCGUAAUAAAAUAAAACCUUUAAAUAAAGAUUUUAUCUAUGACUUAAAAGAAGUCGCAUAUCGUAAAGAUUCUUUAAUUAUGAAAUCUUUUAAUAAAUCACUUAAUAAAAAAUCUCCAAUACAAGAAGAAGAUAAUUUAGAAAAAGAUUUAGAACAACCGUCCAAACGUUUUAAAUCUAUAGAAAAUGAUGAAAUAUUAAUUCUUUGUGAAAAUAAUACUAUCGUAGACGGAUGUGAGAUUAGUCUAGAUAGAGAUUUAAAAAAUAAUUUUUCUUUUUCUCAGUGCCACAAUUAAUUAUUAAAAACUUCAAAUAUAUUGAAAUUAGCAAAAUCUGUAUUUAAUCGAAAAUAAUUAUUUAAUCACAAAUCAAAUUUUUGGUAAAUUUUUAAAUUGUUAUUCAUAUAUAUAUAUAUAUAUAUGAUAUAUAUUUAUUUAUUAAUAUUAAUAAAUUUAAAAUAUUUAAAAUGUUUCUAGAUUUUCAAUUUAUGUUACACAUUUUUAAUAAUUCAAUUCUUCAAUAUAUUGUUUUUUAAAUAGAAAAUUGAAGAUAUUGAAAUUUUUUACAUAUGUAGAUGUAUAUAAAAACUGAUUUACUAUGCAAUAAAAAAAAAGGAAUGUAUAUAUAUUAGUAAUUCAUUCUCAGAAUAUCUAAUAGUUGCUUUAUUUAAAAAAAUAUUGUUAUGAUUUAUAGAGUAUAAUGAUUUUUACAAAGUUACAUGUUUUAGAUAUAAAAAAUAAUGAAAAUAAAUAAUAUUUGAAUUAAUAAAAAAUUAUUUGUGUUUCUAAGCUUGAUUAAAUACAAAUUUAUCACAUAAAGUGUAUGUACAAAUUAUUACGUAAAAUAUUGCAAUAUUUUUAUUUUUAAUGUUUAAAAAUAAUUUAAAAUAAAUAAAUCAUUUUUUAUUUUAUAUUUAAAUUAAAUAAAUAAUAAUAUAAAUUAAUCUUCAUUUUAAAUUUGCUCAUUUAUUAUAUUUUAAAUUAAUGCAUAUAAAAAUGUAUUAUUUAUUUGAAUAUGAAAUUGAAAAAUAUUUUAAAUAAUAAUAUGUUAUAAAAACUAAUGAUUAUUUAAUAAAAAUUAAAUAUAGAUAAUCUAUAUACUUAUAUAUAUGUACAUAUAUAUAUAUAUAUAAUAUAUAUAUAUAUAUAUAUAUUAUAUAUAUAUAAUAAAUUUAUCAAUAUUAUAUAUAAUAUUGAUAAAUUAUAAGCACAUAUAUAAUAUAAAUAAACUAUAAAAAUAAACAGUUAAAUUUAUAACAAAAAAUAUAUAUUAUUUAUGUACAUGUGUAAACAGAAAAUGAUUUAAAAAUUCAGUUUUUAAAAAUGUAAUGUAUUAAUUAAUAUGUAAGAAAAUGGAAAACUUGUUAUAAUUAUAAUAAAAUAUCUACAAUACUUUCAUUGAA